UCGAUUUGGAGAGCCGUGAAAUUUAGUAUUACUUCUUAUUUCGCGAGAGCAAGAUGUUAACAGCCCAAGUCGAGGGAACUUAAUCGCAAUAAAACGAGCAGGUCUUGUUGAUGAGCUAUCAUCACAUUCGUAAACAAAGUUCGGAAGGACCGCUUUGUUGGGCAAUAUCAUUUACCAUUGCAAGAUAAAAUUUUCGCCAGGUUCGCUGGUUGAUUCGGGGCAGCCAAACAUCGCAAGGUAAUUUCGGGGCUCUAGAAAGUGAAAACAAAUUGUAUCAUGUGAUACAGUUCAAUGUUUAUUUGUAUGGAUUGUUAUCAUCGCGUUUGCAACUCCACGCGCGUUCAUACAUUUUGCUAUGCGUUCUACUAGUCGAAUAUCUAAUAUAUUUUAAAGUGCAAAUCGCGAAUGGCUAGCUUUUCCCAGCUCCCCAAUGAGAUGCUUGAGAAUGUUUUCCAGUACUUGGAUUUCAAGAAUAGAAAAAUGCUAUCGCCAGUGUGUACUCGUUGGAAUGAUAUUUUGAUGUCAGAACGCUACUUGAAAAAGCAUGUUAUACUGCAAAUCGAGGGAUGCAGAUUACUGGAUGCUAAGAAACCACUUAGAAGAGAUUAUCGAGCGCUAUCAAUCAAGCUGGACAAUACCAACAGUAAUGAAAUGAUAAAAAAUCUGCGCCUAAUACAUUCGAUUUGCGCCAACCCUCGAUAUUUACGUGUGGAAAAUUGGAGCUCAGAUCAACGGUUUGGAUGGCUAUUCGAAGAAUUAUUCUUCAAUCUCGAGCAUGUUGAACAACUUCAACUAAUGGGAACGUGUAAAACGGAAAAGGGUUCCAUCAAUUUACAGUUAGAAAAACUUCGUGUACUUAAACUGGAAGCUGCACAUCUUGAAUAUUUUAGUAUAACCGCUCCAAAUUUAACGGAGCUUAGCCUACACAUACGCACAGAGGAUGACAUGGAUUUACUACCUCAUUUUGCUGCUCAAUUGAUUCAUCUUACCGUGGUAUUCGUUUCUAAGGAUAUUUAUUAUUUCUACCGAUUGAAAUUCCCAAAACUGAAAGAAAUGGCAGUUCACAGAUGUUUGAAGGGAAUGACUCGCAGCGAGCAGAACAUCAGCAUUGUAUUUUUCAAACGCUUAACCCAGCUAAACAAACUACAUCUCGCUGUAAAAUUUAUAGACAGUUAUGUCUUGCAGCGAAUCAGUGAGAGUCUUUCUUCCACAGUAGACCUCAGUUUAGUUGUUAGCGAAGGUACCAUCGAAUUAUCAAAUAUAUCUAAACUUGUGAGUUUAGAAAAGCUGACAAUUUCAGCUGAAAAGGUUAAUCUUUCGGGAAUUAAAUUUUUCAAAUUGCGAGAACUCCGGCUUGGUUCGCAAAACUAUAACAACGGUACUUACGUUUAUGGCUUGGAGAAUUUAAUGUCAUUCCAUAAUCUUAGAGUCAUGGCUUUGCAUAAUGUCAAAUUCUACCCAGAGAUUCUCAAGCUCACACCUUCAUACAACGUUGAGACGAUGAUAAUUACACAUUACAAAAGGUUGGAGGAAAACCAUUUGCAAAUUUUGGUACGAAAAUUUUCAGCAGUUGUCUGGUUAAAAAUAGCAUCAUGCCCCGGGUUCACUAUUCGAGAAGUAGAAAAGCUGAAACGUCUUAUUCCUAAGCUGUGCGUUGCUUUCGAUGAAGUAGCUCUUGGAAGGCUGUGAUACAAUAUUAGAAAAGAAAACGAUCCCCUAAUUUAACAAACCUUUGUUUAUUAUUGCACAACAUUUAAUGAACAAAAUCGUAGCUUCUGUUGCUAUUCACUGUAAAUAAAUAAGUACUUACUGUUGUUGUUUUUGUUA